UGCAAGGUAUUGUAGAAAAGGAAGGGUGAAUUCCUGAGGAUGAUUUCAAUAUUCUUACGUAUGCAAUGAUUGAACUGUGGUGAUUACGCAUCAGUUCACUUUUUCAGUUAACGAGGACACAUAAGUGGACAUUCUUGGCUUACUUAUGGUGUGACAGCAGCCAUGUGGGAUGACAUAGACAGUGAGGAGUCUGGAGAUAUAAUGUUAAGGAGCACAGACCAAAAUUUCCCAGUGGUAUGCUCUAAACAUCAGGCUGUAAACAUCACCACAUACCUCCUAAAGAUAUCUGAGGCAUCCAUCCCACCAGAAUCAAAGCUUGCAGCGCUCUCAUUUCUGAAUCAGAUGUUUGAGCAAGACUCGCAUCAGAUUGUUCGUUUUGCUGCCAUUGAACAGAACGUCCUUCCUGUACUUCUUGAACUCCUGGAUGACUUCAUUUUACCUACGGAUAAGUCUGACAAGAAUGGGAGUUUUCACUGCCGAACACUGUCCCUGUUGCUUUGCCAGACUUCGCUAAAGCUCUUCUGGCAUCUCUCACAGCUGCCUAUUUGUCAGCAGUAUGCCUUAAUCACCGAGCCUGUUAUUCGGCGCCUUAUGGCUUUUCUCGAUCCUUCUCUCCCACAAAUUUAUCAAUUUCCAUCAGCUAUGUUUAAGAGACUCCGCACGUACACCCAAGGCAAGACCCUGUUUGCUCAAAUAAGACGCAAAACCUUAAAUACCAGUGUCAUCAAUUUGAUCAACGAACAGGCUGACAGACAUUCUUGUAAACUGUUUUCACAUAGGAUGUCAUUAGCUGACACGAUCUAUAGCUGUAUACUGUAUGAUACAAGUGAUCCAGAUGAGGAUGUUAAUAUUGGAGAAGCUUUGAUAGGAGAUAACUUAGCUUGGCUGAAUCUGAUUGAUUUCAGUUCUGAUGUGCUAGAGGAAAGCGAAAUUCACGUUCUGCAAGUUGUUGGAGGACACAUCUUCUGGGCACACGUGGGUGAAAUGAAUCAAUAUGUGAAGACCAUGCAGGACUUACAUAACAAAAUGAUCAGCUUAUCGGAAAGUGUAACUCUUGUGACAUCACCCGACAUUGGUGAUCAUGUUAUGGUCAGGAAACGCCCAGAAAGGUCGACUACAGAGUCUUAUUUCUACCGAGCGCGUAUAGUAGAUGUAAGGGGAGACAACUUUGAGGUGUUUGCCAUUGACAUGGGUGUGGUGCUAUCCUCAGUCUCUACCUCAAGUCUGUAUCAUCUGCCCCAGGAAGUCUGUGUUCAGGAUCAGCCGCCACUAGCAUCACUCUGUAUGCUCCAUGGUGUGCAAGCUCCUGCGAAGUUUCCACAGCUUCCUCAGCUUGCCAUAGCCAGUCUGGUGAAUCUCUGCAGAUACAGUGUACCUGCCGGUGAAAUUUUCGCUAAGACUCUGUCAGGUGUGCCAUUGCUGUGUGCACUACUGAGGUAUCCAGACAGGAGGGUAUCAGUGCAGGCCAUACAGCUCCUCAACAAUCUGGCCUGUAAUACCUCUGUACAGAAGAACUUGGAGCCCUCUAAGACUGUGCCAGUUGUGAUGGACAUCCUGGUGGACUGCAUGACAUCUAAUGUAGAUGAGGUAAGACAGAGUCAGGUGGAGUCUUGUCUGGUGACUCUGUCCACACUGUUGACUCUGGCAAAGAGUUACCGGGAGAUUUUUUACCAGUAUGAUGGCCUGACAGUGGUUCUGCGUCUGCUGUCCUCCAGUCCUUCACAGACAGUUUACCAGUUUGUGGUCAGAUUACUGCGCAUCUUCCUCAGGGAUGUGCCACUCAAUUCCUGUGGGUCAAGGAAGGAUAGGAUGGCUCGAAUAUUGGGAGAUAGAGGAUUUGAGAUUGAGGGAGAAGUGAAACCCUUGAGGAGAAGAUCUAACCCUGUAAGAAGCCGUAGUCGCAGUUUAUCUCGUGGUGACACCAGAAGUAGUCUGAGGAGGAAUUAUUUAAUAUGUAUAAUUGGGAUUUUCAGAGAACCAGUGAGAGUGAUGACGAAACUCCGAGUGACCUGUUUCUGGAAACAAAGAGUACAUCUCUCGAACAAAGGCGGCGUUUGUACCAGUUCACCACAUUAUGACUGCUCAGCAAUGCCUGUUUUGAGAGCUGAGCCAGUGAAGUUUGAGCCCGGUGAGGGUCUGUGGGAGCCUGAUCAUGAGAAGCUGGCUGUAAUCAUGUCCUUGGGGACCACACAAGACCAGGCCAGGCUGGCACUUCAAGCUGGGGAUGAUGAUUUAGACAAAGCCUCAGAAUGGGUUCUGGAGAAUGUGGAGUGGCUAACACAACAGAGGGAAGAUGCCAGCACAGCUGACUCAGUCUCAAAAUCGUCUCCUGCCAUUUUUCCAGUAGAUGCGACAUUAGAAUAUGUGGGCUCAGACAGAUAUUAUGUCGUAGACUCACCAGUGGAUUACGAGCAGGAUGCAGAAAAUGAGCUUCAAACUUCGAUGAGUAUAGCCCAUGCCUCAACAGAAAUCAUCUCUCAGAUUGUCUGUGGAUUUCUCAACUGUGGUAGAGAUGGCAGAAUUGUGUUUGGGGUUCGCCCGGACGGCCGAGUUCAUGGAGUGAGUGUGAACAGAGAGGAGCGGGACCAGUUCCGCCUUGGAGUGGAUCGUAUGAUGGUUGACAAGCUAACACCUCUUGUCAUCUACUCUAUGUACGAAAUCGUCUACUGUCCCGUUGUGAGGCCGCAAGGUCAUGCUGACCCACUGACCAGAAAGCUAUUAAAGGAUGUCUUUGUUGUGGAAAUUCUUUUGAAGUGCAGCCCAGGAACAGUGUACACUUUGAGAAAUGGAAUGCUCUAUUAUAGAUUAGGUCCCAAAACUGUUCACUUGAACACUCAGGAAAUGCGUCAGAUGGUUGAGAUGGAAGAAGAAGCUAAAUGUAAGGCUGAAGUCCGAAAGCUUCAGAAAGAUUUAGAAACAUUAAGGCGUCUAGUCAAGGAAAAAGAGCAAUGACAUAUGUGUAUAAGCUGUGGUGAGGGAAAAAACACAGUAGCCAUGGUAACGUACAGAUGUGUGAACAGUGGUCGAGGAAAGACACCAUAACAGACACAUAUGAGUUCUGGUUGAGGAGACAAUAACAGAUAGAUGUUUGAUUUGUGGUAAACCUAAAACAUAAUAACGGAUACAUGGUUUUGUUAAGGGAAAGACAGUAACGUACACCUGUAUGAGCUGUUAUCAUGAGAAAAUCAGAGUACACUCGGAUGCAUGUCUUCUUGUGUACAUGUGUGCAAAGACGUAGUAUUAAGUGGUCACACAUAUGAGUUGAUCCUGAUGUGGAGACAGUGACAAGGGUGCUUUUUAGUCUGUUUGACCAGACAAACAGAGUUGGUUACUUCCCUUUUGCCCUAGUAUCAGAUGCCUCAAGGGAGAUAUGCUUCUUCUCAUAUAGAUUUAGCGACUUACCUAACACAAGAAGUGCAAUGUUGAACACGUCGAUGGUCAUGGGCUUGUUUGUCAUAUUACAUGCUCUCAUGGAGAUGAAUGACAUUCCCGUCUAUUUCCAAUGCAGGCAUGUGUAUGUCUUAUGUGUAUAUGCGUACAUGCUGUUAGUUUUUAGGUAGCGAAGAAUUUCGUAUAAUGGAGAUUUUCCAUACGUACCUGUACCUUAAGCCGAUUUCACAAAACCAGCUUUGACUUCAGUCAGAAUUUGAAAUAUGAUUUGGGCUUACUUUCGAACCCUUGUAAAUUAAAAUUUUGACCACCUCAUCGAACUCACCCGAGACAAGUUUGUCAAAAUUAGAACCUCCAUUACCAAAAACUAAGCAUUAUGACAAUGCCAAGCCUGUUUAGCAUUGACUUAAUCUUUACUUUAGAGCUGUUUUCUGACACAACUGGUCUAAAUUUGUUUCUAACCAUUGGAAUUUUUAUUUUAACAAAAAACCAUGGUUGACUGUUUUAAAAUAUACCAACUUCCUUGGGAAUUAUUAAUUAACCAUGUUCAGGAAAUAUGGCCACACAAUUUAAGCUAAGCUUUAUUAAAUGUGGCUUCACGAUGCUGAGCCACAAAUGCAUGUACUUCAACAUUGGUACAUGUACUUCAGCAUUGGUACAUGUACUUCAACAUUGGUACAUGUACUUCAACAUUGGUACAUGUACUUCAGCAUUGGUACAUGCACUUCAACAUUGGUACAUGCACUUCAACAUUGGUACAUGUACUUCAACAUUGGUGCGUGUACUUCAGCAUUGUUACAUGUACUUGUAACUGUUGGGUAUCUAUGUUAUAACAUAGACCUUGAAGUAGAAAUAGAAGGCAGUGGCAUGCCUAAAACAAACCAAAGGGUACGAGUUCAAUACAUUAUACAUUUGCACAUACAGCUACAUAAAUUCACAUUUACAUAUAUGUCAAACAUAUUUAUAUGUAUACAUUUUAGCAAUUAAAGCAAAUAAAUUUGUACUAUGAAUUUCAGCAAAAAAAAAAAAAAAAUAUUUCAACAACGUACUCACAAAGGAUAGAUCUGUUUAAAACCUUAAUAAUUAUAAACUUAAUAAAGCAUUCUAUUGGCACAUAUAAACCUAUUAAAUUGCUUAACAAACAAGUGCGUGUACAUUCCACACUGCAGUGGAAUUAUUACUUAGUUCAGUACGCUAAUUAAUAAUAAAAAUUCUUACUCAACCACAGCUCACGGAUACAUGAUAGGCUACAGCACUGUAUCAACAACACUCAGUCUUUGUCAUCUUUGACAAACUUUGUCAUUGUAGUGUUGUCACCGACUGAGCAACACAUCCAUCAAUCAAUCACUUACGGUUGACUACCUGAUGCCCAUAGCUAGGCCCAGAGCGUACGCUUUGCGCUGCAACUGUAGGAUGUGGGACUGGAGAGCCCCGUCGUACGCAUCGUCUCGCAUCAACAAGGCGAUGUCUGGGAGGGCUCGCACGAAGUCUUGCCGUUGGUGCGGUAACUGAGGGUGACACCUUCUUUGGUCUGGUAGAGGGGACCGCCGGGUCGGGAUGCUCUCCAUUUCUUCAUGUGCACCAACAUGACACCUUUGGGGGACGUCAGUGGUGAGAUACAACCUGUCAGAUAACGACUAACGCACCGUCAAGCCGGCCUAAGAGAGACCUGGAUCCAGUUUCUUCAACCCCGCCCAUCCGUGACCAUCCAGAAACACCACACUGUGGUGGGGACUCGUUGUCUGCGGGACAUUGUAGAAUUUCAGCCUUGUCUUUACGCACCUCUUCCAAGAGCUACAGUGUGAGGUGAAGUUUAACCACGGUCUCGAUGAGGGAUGUGCACACCUUCUCGAUAAGCUCUGCUGGCAGAGGGUUGGCAGAAGCGGAUCGUUUCGACAUAACGGCAGCGUCUAUCCAAAAAGCAUCUUGGCUAGCGUGGCGUGGAGUUGAGUAGGCAGGUAUAGCAGUAGCUUGCUCCUUUACGGCACCCACGCCUCUAUUUACCUCUAAUUGGAGGACGCGGCGGGGACGUCAACGAAAUCCGAGCGGAAACAUCCAACCCACCCACUGACGCGGACCUCAACGAAAUUCGCGUAGGAACAUACCAGUCGACCAUUGGUCUGUUUUGGUGGGACACAGCAGUCACUUGACAAUGCACAACCCGACUUGUUUCACUCAUCUCUUCAACCCAGGCAAUAUAGUAUACUAUACUAUAGUCUUAGAGCGCGGGCUCAACGACAUGACACCACCGCAAUCUGACAUGAAAGUGAUACACUAUGCUACUAUCGCCGCUAUGGAGAGGGGAGAAAGGUAGUAAAUGGAUAGGUGGCAGUUGCCGUCCGUCGGGUUGGGGGUAAAGUUAUUCAUCUCCCAGAAAUAAUUGGAUUAUACAGACAUGAUGGUGGUAAGGAUAUUUUCAUCAGUUCACUUUAAGACACAUUAGAAUCCCUGUUUAUUUAGAAUUACAUUUCCCUUAUCGCUCUGUGGGACGAGAUGUAGAGACAUUGUCGGGUGGCGGGAUCCUGGCGGGCACUGUUGGACUUCAAGGCGGUCGCUUAUGCUCAAAGCAUAACGAUUGGUACUUACCUUUAGAUUUGCAGGUAUAGUCUAAAUUGUCUCUAGUGUUGCGUAGAGAUGUUUCCUGUGAGGAUGCACAGGGGGCUGUUAAACGGAGAUCUGAAAACCUAAUUCCCUAGUGCUACAUAGGGGUGUGAGCUUGCGUGAUUGACUUACGAACGGGGCAGAGAGUUAUUUCAAUUAUUGACCGUGGUUUAUUUUCUACUGUUACAUAGAGAUGUGGGGCUUUCCUGCAGAGUGCACAGGUGUCUGUUUGACGGAGGUGUCUAACCCUAAUUCCCUAGGGCUACAUAGGGAUGUGGGCUAGCGUGAUUGAUUACUCAAGGGUGUCGGGAGGUUUUGUCACUUAUUCACAAAUGCUACAUAGUGAUGUGGAUUACCCUUUGGGGGGACACAAGGCGUGGUUAUUUGAAGCCCCGUUUCUUCGCCCGCAUAGCGGUUAACGUUCGGUUCGCUCACCGGGUGUCCUGUCAACCUUAGCAAUGUAACUUUUGAAUUAAAGUCGCGGCCAUAUCUAUCCAAACCAAUAAACUACUUGCUGUUAA